AGAAUGGGCUGUGAGGUGGUCAACAUGGCGGCGCCCUGUGGAGUGCUUCUACUCUAAUAGAGGUGCCUGGAGACUGUGUUGGUGGGUGGGCCCCAGGAGUCCUCCAGGCAAGCCAGGACUGACUGUGAGAGAAGUGCGGCCUCCUCCUCCAGCACUGCCACCACCAUGGCCCGAGAGCAGCCCAACGUGGGGGACCUCCUCCCACUCCUGGAGACCUCCGACCUCCAGCAGCUCGAAGAGAUCCGAGGCCUUAUCAACGAGCAGCUCAACACCGAGCGAGGCUCCAUGUUGCUGAACGGGCUGGUGGAUUACUUUUUGGAGACCAACUCCGCCCAGGCCAUGCAUAUCCUCUCGUCCGUCAGAGAGCCACAUGAUAAGCACCUUUUAGACAAGAUGAACGACUGUUUGACCAAACAGGCCUGCCGGCUGCCCGCCCUCAUGCUUCUUGGCCAUGUAGUCCGCAAACAGCCGUCCUGGAUCCACAAGAUCGCCCGUUACCCUCUGCUGCUCUCUCUGCUGAAAUGCCUCAAGACGGACACAGAUGUAGUCGUACUCAUAACCGGAGUGCUGGUGCUGAUCACUCUGCUGCCGAUGAUCCCUCAAGCUGGGAAGCAACACCUGUGGGAGUAUUUUGAUAUUUUUGGUCGUCUGGCAUCAUGGAACCUCAAGAAUCCAGGCCAUGUUUCAGAGGUUUACCUAAUCCACCUGCACGCCAGCGUUUACUCACUCUUCCACAGGCUUUACGGCAUGUACCCGUGCAACUUUGUGUCCUACCUACGCUCCCAUUACAGCAUGAAGGAGAACAUGGAAACCUUUGAGGAGGUGGUGAAGCCGAUGCUUGAACAUGUCCGCAUACACCCCGAGCUGGUGACGGGAACCAAGGACCACGAGCUCGACCCAACCAGGUGGAAAAAGUACGAGAUCCACGAUAUUGUCAUUGAAUGUGCCAAAGUGUCCCUAGACCCCAAGGAGGCCUCCUGUGAGGAGGGCUACACCACCAUGCCUGAAAAUUUUAAUCCCCAGCUGCACCUGCGGCCACAAGACUGUGCUUCAAGCCCAUACACCGACCUCCACAGCAGCUAUGGAAGCUCUUCUUCGACCCCGUUCUCCACUCCGCGGCAGCCACUACCCCCGCCCCUGUCCUUGCCCCCCUUCUCAGGGACACAGCCCUCUCACCGCAGCCCACAGACCUCCAGACGGCAGAACUCCACCUGUGAACUGAACUCUUCCUGCGGGGGGAAGGACCCUCUGUGGAGCCCCUCCUCUUUGUGUGGCAUGGCCACGCCCCCUUCCUCAAGGGGCAUGUCGCCCAAUUUGGAGCUCUCCCACAGUGCCUCACACCUUCCGAGUCGCUUCCACUGCACAUCAGGAGGGAAAGGAACGCCAGCCUCCAGCACACCCGCCACCUCAUCUCCACCUCCUGCUCUGUCGGACGACUUCCCUGUUAUCUCCUUACCAGCCAACACGGUCCAGUCCAGUCCUCCAAGAAGAGAUCGUCGGCAAGGAGAAACCAGCAAACCAGGACUGGUGAGACAGGAACCAGUCAGGGAUGUGGAGAAGAAUGCAGAAGGGUCCACCAACAGAGAUGCAGGACUGGCAGCGAAUGUGUCCAUGACGCUGACUGAGCUGUCGGUUUUCAUGAAGAAGCAGGAGCUGGACCUUCAGCUGAGGACAGAAAAGGAGAAAGAAGAAGCUGCCAUUACUGAGGAGCUGCUGAAACUCACUGAAGAUAAGCUGGAGCUGUCGGACCUGAGGGGCUUCGACUCCCCUUUCUUUCGCACCACCGAGACUCUGACUGGCAGUCAGAUGCAGGACAAGCCCUCCAACCCCCACCCUGGAGCCCACGUCCGAGAAACCCACCACACCGUGUCCACACCGGACAAAGCUGAGGUGUCUGCAAGCAGCAGCGGCGUCGGCAGUGAAAGAGGAGGCGCAGGAGGAGAAAGCAGGAGCUUCGCCCUGGAGCACUCCUGGUCAUUUCAGUCGUGCUUCACCCCCAUUGAGCACCACCUGCACCGAAGCUCCUCGGCCCCCGACGACGAGGUGAGCAAGUUUGGGAUUCUCUCGCCAAGCCUGUGCAGCAAGGCCCCGGUGCCCUACGAGUCGUUCUUCGACCUGGCCCUGCCGAGGGCCACCUCGUUUCUCGUGGGCCAGAAAACAGCGGAGGCGGUCAACAAGGCGACGAUGGAGAGGCUGCUGCAGCGGGAGGAGGGGCUGGAGGACGGGGAGGAGGAGGGGGUUGUGUCUGCUUCACCACUGGAGGUGCUGGAUCGCCUUGUUCAGCAGGGGAGUGACGCCCACGAUAAAGUUCUCAAGAGAUUACCUUUGCCAAGUAAGUCAGCUGACUGGACACAUUUUGGAGGUUCAGCUCCUCUUGAUGAGCUCCACACGCUGCGCAGCCAGCUGUUCCUGCUGCACAACCAGCUGCUGUUCGAGCGCUACAAGAGGGAGCAGCACGCCGUCCGCAACCGCCGCCUCCUCCGACGCAUCAUCAACGCCACCGCGCUGGAGGAGCAGAACAAUGCCAUGAAGGACCAGCUGAACCUGCAGAGCGUGGACAUCCUGUCUCUGAGGGAGAGUCUGCACGUGGAGCAGCAGCGCUACCGGCAGCUUUGGGACGACCGCGAGAUGGUGGUGACCAGACUGCACAGUCAGAUCAGACAGCUGCAGCAGAGCCGGGACGACUACUACACCAAGAACCAGGAGCUGCAGAGCAAGUUACAGGAGUGUCAGAAGAGGAUGGAUGAACUGGAGGCCGAACUCCAGAGAGCCAACAAUAAAGUCGGACACACCGGUCACCUCCUCAACCAGAUGACUGUCAAGCUGAGCAACAGCGAGAGCACCCAGCAGCAGAUGAGCUUCCUGAACAAGCAGCUGCUGCUCCUCGGGGAGGCGCAUAAGCUCUCCGUGCAGGAAUUGCUGCACGCAGGAACCAGCCAUCCAAAGGAGGCGCAGAUGCUGCAGAUGUCUCAUGUGAAGGAAGUGGAGACGCUCAGGCAGAGUCUGGUGGUCCAGGGGCAAAAGCUGGAGGCGGCGCAGCAGAGAGUAGCCGAGCUGGAGACCCACCUCUCCAAGAAGGAGCACCUCAUCGCAGAGCAGAAGAAGUUCCUUGAAGAUGUAAAAUGUCAAGCAAAGGCGGAGCUGCAGGCUUCAGACAGCAGGUACCAAGCUCAAAGGAGAAUCUCUCAGUUGCUGCAGACUGAGCUCCUGCAGCUGUACAGCCGGGUGGAGACGGAGGCUCCGGCCGGCCCCAGCAGCAGGAGCAGGAGUUCACCUGCAGGGGGCGGAGCCGACACGCACACUCCUGCUGAUUCCAGUGUCGUCGUGCCACACGGACCAAGUAGAGUUCACCCCCGUGAGGAGAGGGACAGCAGAUCACCUCACGCCUCCCCCUGGGGCAACGGCAGCACUUUAGUGUCAAAGCAACCAAAGGCAAGCAACUCUUCCAAGUCCGCGGGCAACUCCAUGAACGGAAGUCAGGACCUGAACGCGCCGCGGCUGGUGGAGCCCGCCCGGUCCUGUCCGCACGCCGACCCGCUCACGUCCCUGCCGGCAUCGGACGCGCCGCUCACCGUGGGCUCGUACCCCAGCGCCAAGAGCUUCCUGGGUAUGAAGGCUCGCGAGCUGUUCCGCAACAAGAGCGAGAGCCAGUGCGACGACGACCUGCCGCCGCGCCUGGCCGGCCUCGCCCACGACCUGAAAACUGAGCUGUGCGUGGAGUCGCCCUCCGCAAGUCACCCCGCCCUCGUCGACCCCACGCUUUCCCUAACGUCGACCUCCGCCACCUUGUCCACCAAGGAGCCUCCGUCUGAGCUGAAGCAGCGAGUCCUCAGCCAGGGAAGUCCCCGCAGGAAGGCAGGGGCGGGGCCAGUUGGAGGCAGGGGCCAGGCGGGGGCGGGUCGCCCUCGGCAGCAGCAGCUAAAGAUCAUGGACUACAACGAAACGCAUCACGAGCACAGUUAGGGGCGUGGAAACGGGACGAGACUGAGAUAAAACCACGGAGAAAAGCUACAAAUCAUCAAAAACAAGAAAAGAGUAUCAUGUUCACAGCUCGUUGGCAUUCAGUGUUAUUUGUCCCGUUUUUCUGAGUGGACAACAGGAUUUUCCCGCCCCUUUGUUUUAAAUGUAAUUUUUCUAAAAAAUACGCAAUCUGUUGUUUGAAUUACCAGGUUGUUGACGGAUAAGCUAACAGGAAACUCACCGAGUUCUUUAUAUGUGAAACUGUGACUCUUUUGUUUAAACUCAUCCAAAUUUUAAACCGCAGGAAGCUCCGGUUUUAUUUAUCCCACUUGAGAUGCCUGUAGGACACGACGACAUGAAGGAAAUUAUGUAAUUUGACGUCUCUAAUCCAGUUUGUCUUCUUUUUGGUUUUAGUUUUUAUGUGAAUUCUCACUGUAGGUUGAAAAGUGAAACUACCCUAAAUUUAAAAAAAAUGAUAAAGAUUUUAACAACACAACUAACUAAAAGCAGAAAUCUAAAAGCUGACAAAAUUAUUUGUUUCAUUUAAUAAAAUUAUCUAAUAAAUUUGCUUCGAUAUUGUUCCCGACGGCAGCUGCUAACUACGGAAGAGGAUUAG